AUGGACGUAGUGAAAGAUGAGUACAACACUCAAAAUUCAAUGCCAAUGUGUAAGAAGGAAAAAAGUAAAAAAAUUAAAACCAAACAAUUUUUUAGUGGAUUUGAUGAUUUUAAAAUUAAUUAUACAUUUAGCACAAAAAAUAUUUGUUCGGAUAAAAAAAAUAAAGGCCCUUUAUAUAGUGACACAAAAAACAGUAUAACUGAUGAUUGUGAUAUGAUAAAAUUGAUUAAAAUAAUAAACACUAAUUAUAUUGAUAAAAAAUUUUAUUUUAAAAAACUAAGUAGAAAUGAUUUAUAUAAAAUAUUUGUCUAUUCAAAUUUAUUAACAAGAUCAUUAAUUUUAUACCCAUCUUUAAUUCAUCAUUUUGAAAAUAUUAUAGAAAAUUUUAAAAAAAUAAAAACUGAACAAAAUAUACAACAACUAGAUGAGCAUAUCAUGAUUUCUUAUACAAGUACAACUGGGAAGGAAUAUAACCAAUUUAAUAAAUAUUCUAAUAAUCAAAAUAAUAAUAUUCUUAAUUUAGUUAAAAAUGAAAAUUCACAAAACGAUUUAAAUAACAUUCCACACAUUUCAGAUUUUCAAAAAAUGACUUCAUUAUAUAUUCAUGAAAAAACUACCAAUCAUAUUUCAAAAGAAAAAAUAAAACUAGAAGAACAAAUUACCAAUACCAUCCACAAUAAUUAUGAACAAGUAAUAAAUACCAGAAUAAUGAAUCGUGAAUCUGAACAAAUUAUAAACCCAAUAUCAAUGAACCAAUUUAAUAAUUCUAAUAAUUACUAUGCUAAUUGCAUGGGCAAUAAUACCAAUGUAAUGGAUGAGGGGAAAGAAGCUAGUGCUUUGAAAUCGGAUCAGUUUUGCAAUCAUGAAUAUUCAAAUAGUACAGUUAAACAUAAUAAUAAUACGAAUGGAAACAAUGAAAAUGCUGAUAAUAAACAACAAACACUUCAAACAUCAAAUAUAAAUAUUAAUCACCAAUACCCAACCAAUAAUAUAUGCACAAAAAAUAUAAAUAAUGAAUAUAAAUGUAAUACCAUAAAUUUAUUAAAUCCCAAUAUCCCUAAUGCUAUAAAUUUCUCAUUAAACAAAAAUGUCCGGGUUUAUAAAAAUAUAAAUGAAUACGAUAUUAUUGAAUUAAAAAUAAGUACCUCAUUUAAUAAUAAAAACAUAUGCAGAUAUAUAGGAAUUCAUAGCGGAAUGACUCUAUAUAAUAUUCAUAGAUGUAUAUGCAUAUGCUUAGGAAUAAAAAAAGAAGACACAGAUAAUUAUCUACAUGUUUUUGUAUUAAAUAAUGGAAAUAUUUAUGGUAGCGGGAAAAAAUGUAGUGUGAGUAUUAUCAGAAAAAUUCAAAUAAACACUGAUAGACAUAUAACUUUUAAGCAUAUAGUAAAAACACCAUUAUAUCUUUACAAAUCAAAAGAUGAAAAUCAAACUAAUCAAAAUUAUGAAUAUCCUACAAACAAUAUAAACUUAUUUGACGAAAAUGUUUUUCCAAAUAAUGAAUAUAAUUAUAAUAAUCUAAAUAACUUUAACGAUAUUAAUAGAACACCUAGAUAUAACAUAAAUAUGGCUAGCCCAAUUUUAAAUAACUUAAAUUAUGCCGAUAUAAAAAAAAAUAAUAUAGACGAUGAAAUGUUUAAAACCCCGCGCAUUAAUAGCAUUAAUUUUUCCAAUGAUUCAAAUUUAAAUCAUUUUGAAUAUUUUAAACAUAAAAAUGAUUUUCAAUCUUUUAAAGAAGACAAUAUAAAAAGUGAAAUUCAAAUUCCUACUAAUAAAAACAAUACCCAAGAUAUUAGAAAUAUGACAGAUAUUAAUAAUACAGAUAAUAAUAAUUUUAAUGCAAAUAUAGCUACAAAUUUAAGUCAUAACCCUAUCGAAAAUAUUAAACCUAUGCAAAAUACUCAAAAUAAAUAUCCAACAAAUUGUUCAGAUACAAUAACUAAUAUAAAAUUUAAUGAAAAUAAUAUUAUGAACAAUACAAAUUUCUUUAGACAAAUAAAUAUUAAUGAUUUGUAUUCAGAUCAAAUUUAUAAAAAUAAAAAUAAUAAUAUUAAUGGAGAUAUUAUUGAUGGUGAUAGUUUUACUCCAUGUAAUACUAAUUGCAAUAAGUACUAUAAUUUAAGAAGUAAUAAUACUAAUAACAAUUCUCAAAAUAAUGAUAAAACAAUUCAAAAUUUUAAUCAAUAUGAAUCAGAUUUAAAUUUUACACAACAAAAUAACAACAAAAUAUAUAGAGACAACAACAGUAUUAACAACUAUGAAAAUGAAAAUAACAAUUUCUCACAUUUAGAAACUAAACAAAUAGAAAAUACUAAUGCACUAAAUGCAUUUCAUAAUAACACACCGAGAAAAAAUAUUGAUAAUAAUGAGGAAGAUAAAACUGAAAAUAAUCAUAUUAAUAGCGAAGAAAAUACAGAAAAUAUUUCCAUAACAUUAAACGAUAGCCUUACUAGUAGUAACAACAAUAGUAUUUACGAACGAACAAUUUCUAAUACACCAGAGGUAUCUGAAUAUUUCUCUAGUAAUAAUAAAAAUGGUACAUCUCAUAAAAAAAAUGAUGUACUAAACAAUUGCGAACAUGGCGAUAAUACCGGGGCAAUUUCCAAUAAUUCAUACACCAUUAACGGUAUUUCAAAUUCUAUAAAUAAUUACAAAAAUGUAUAUCCCUAUACAUGCUCUAUAAAAAAUAACAACACACAUGAUACAGAGAGCAACAAUAUAAAUAAUUACAUACUCGACAAUAUAGAUGAAAAUCAUUUGAAAAAAGAAAAUAAUCAAAAAAAUUUAAAUGAUAUAAAAAUAAACAAUAAAAAUAAUUUCAUAAAUCGUAAUAUAAAUUCUGAUCAUCUUUAUUCAGUAAAUCCAUCAAAUAGUUUUACCAAUAAUAUGAAUUAUAAUAUAUAUAACAUAGAUAGUAAAAUUGAAAAUUUUAAUUCUGAUCAAAUACAUAAACAUUGCUCAGAUAGAAAUAACAAUUCUGAAAUAUAUAAUAAUUGCAUAAACAAAAAAAAUUCUAAUAAUUUUAUUAAUAAAAAUACAUCUAUCUCAAAUUAUACACAUAAUAUCGAAUUGGAUAUAAAUAAUAUAAAUAUGAAUAAUUUUUCUCCUUAUAAAAAAGACAACCAAAUUAUCCAAUUAAAUAAUUACUCAAAAUAUGAAUAUAAUAAUUUUAUAAACAAUAUUAAAAAUAAUAAUAUACCAUAUGAAAAUACAAUAAAUAACAAUUUUAAUGACUCUCCGAUUGAUAUUAUUAAUAAUAAUCAUUUAUAUAAUAUUUCUAUCAAUUCUAAUCAAAAUGUAAAUAAUUCAAUUCUCACAGAUGGACACAUCAAUAAUUAUCUAAUAAAUGAUUCCAUUAUUAAUCAAAAUAAUAAAUGUAUUCAACAAAUUUCUAACAACCCUACUAUUAUCGAUAUCCAUUCCUUUGAUACUCAACAUAUUACUCACUAUCCUCAUUUACAAUAUCGAAAUUAUAACACCAACAAUAAUUUUAUUUCUGAAAAAAAUAUAUCAAAUAUAUCACAAAAUAAAAAUAAUCAAUUUUAUGAUUCUUCUACAUCACAAUAUAAUGAACAAAACUCUGAUCCAUCUUCUUGUUUAUCUCAAUAUUAUCAAAAUUGUACCCCCCCUUCGAAUUCCACUUUUUCACAUCCCUCAAACAAUUUUUAUGAUGUAACACAAAGUACAAUAGAACAUGUUGAAACUGUUGAAAAGGACCAAAAUGAAAGUUUUAGAAACGAAACAAAUGACAAUAAAAAUCAGACAAUUGAAGUAAACAGACGAAUACAUACUGAUUCACAAAAUAAAGACAAUCUAAUAAUCAAUGUAGACAAAAUAAAUAAUACUACAAAAAAUUAUUUUAGUGAAUUAGAAAAUAUUAAUGCCAAUCAAAAUAUGAAACUAAUAAAUAAUGAAGAUACUAUCAAAGAUCCUGAACUAAUUCAAGAAAACGAUUCAAAAUUAAAUAUAACAUUUAUGGAACCUACAAAUGUGAAGAAAAACAAAGACGAUCUUUCAGGCGCUAUUUCUCAAUGUGUUCAGGAAGAUGAAAUGCCAAAUUUAAACAAUCAAAUUAAAGAUGACGUAAACAACGAUAAUACUAUUGAUAAUAAUAAUAAUAGUGACAAUAAUAAUAAUAUUGAUAAUAAUAAUAGUGAUAAUAAUAAUGAUAAUGCGUCUAUUAGCCCCAAAUGCAAAGAGAAUCAUGUAUCAAAUAAAAGACCUGACGAACAGAAUUGCCAAGAUGAUGAAAAAAAGUCACAAAAAAAUAUUCCAUCUAUAACUCAAUCGAAUGAAAUAAUAAAAAUAAACAACAAUAAUAAAUAUAGCUUCCAUAUAGACAACAAAAUAGAUGGAAUCAAUAAUACCAUGGAAACUAAUAAACAUAAAAUAAGUAACAUUAUUGAUAAUUUUUCUCAAACUCACCAAAUCUCAAAUCAUAUUAAUACACAUCUAAAUAGGGAACAAAUAAAAGUUGAUGAAAAUAAAACAGAAGAAAUUAAUGAUAUAAAUGAAAAUAUAAUUUAUAAAUUUAAUCAAAUUGAAAAAACACAAACUUGUGAUAAUAAUACUCAAAUUUUAAAAGAGAAAAAAAAUAUAAAUACCUUAAACCUAGUACAAGAGAAAACAAAUAAUCAGAAUUUUUGUUCAUCAGUUGAUGAUAUAAAACUUGAAAAAGAUGAAAAAAUCAACUUAGUAAAUAAACAAAAUGAAGAGGAAAACGAAUCGAAUAUUAUCUACGAAAAUGAACAAUGUAAUGCCAAAAUUAAAAAUAAAGACAAUAAUAAAAUAGAAAACAAACCUGAUGAAAAAUAUAUUCAAUAUGUUCUUAAUAAUAAUCAUUCUAUUAAUUCCCCAAAUUUUAAUAAUUCAAAUUCAUCAUAUCAUAAAUUUAAUCUUUCUAAUAAUAUUCAUCUAUUGCAAAAUCAAGAUACAAAAGAACUAGAAUUUGAUAACCAAAAUGAAUGUGAAAAAAAAGUAUAUAUAAACGAAGAAAAGUUAAUAAGUUCUCAAAAUGAUGAUAAUAACAAUAAUGAUCCAUCACAUUUUAAAUUUUUGAAUUUCUAUGAUAAUUGUAAUAAUAAAAACAAAUUGAUAGACACAACCAAUAUGAAUGGAACAAAUUAUUAUAUCCAUGAAAAUAAAAUAAAUAAAGAAAAUAAACAAAAUGAAUAUGUUCAAAUAUAUAAUAAUGAAAAUUUUUAUUCAUAUAAUAAACUAAAUAAUGAUGAUAAAAAAAUUACUCAGCCUUCUAUAAUACAAUUUGACGAAAAAAUUAAUAACCAAAAUUUGUAUCAAAAUUAUUGUAAAUUCAAUCAACUUCCUGGUAUACUUCAAAAUGAUAAUAAUCAAGUUUCAUUUGAUUUAAAAUCAAGAUAUAAUUUAAACAAUAUAAUUAUAAAUAAUCGAAAUGAUUUUACAUCUAACAUAGAUAACGGUAAUCUUCCUCAAACGGUUUCUCAUAAUAACCAAAUUCACAUGCAAUAUGAAAAAGAAACAAAUAAUACCAAUAAUAAUUCACAUUCACAUAUUAAUACAUAUCGAAUAAAUUAUGAAAGCCCAUUAAAAUAUUUAAACGUAGAUGGACAAAAUGAUCCCAAUAAUUUGUAUACUACUAAUCAUGUUAUGGCAAUGAAUACAACAAUUGAUUCCUGUGAAUAUCCACUAAAUAGAAUAUAUAACAAUAAUAUAGAUACACAAAAAAAAACAUAUUAUUCCCCAAAUAUUAAUUUCAUAGAACAUAAUAAAGAAAAUUAUCAACUACGCUAUAAUACCAACAAUCCGGAUCGAAUCGAAAAUCAUCCCAAUACUACAGAACAUAAUAUUUGUGAUAACGAAAAAAAUACCGAUAAUUUCUCUCCAUAUAAUAAUAAUAAUCAAACUGAUCAAAUAGAUCCAGAUAUUAUUAGUCCAGAAAAUCCAGUAUCUACAUCUAACAAUCCUAGCAUUAAUAAUACAUAUUACAAUGAUGCUACAUCACCCACACCAUAUCCUAACCAAUCUCCUUCCAUAUCAUUUAAUGAAAAAGAAUUAUCUAAUACACCUACACAAGAUCUUAUAAAUCAAAGAAAUUGCCAAUAUAAUCAAUUUAAUGAUAUUUAUAAUAUUGGCCAAAAAGAUAUAUAUCUAUCAUCUAUAAAAGGGGAUCCAAAUAUAAAUAAUUACCACAGAGAUAACACAUACAUAUAUAACAAUUCUUUAUAUCCAAUUAAUAAUAACGAUAAAUAUUAUUUAGGAAAUUGUACUGAUAAAAAUAAUAAAACAAAUGAUAGUUUAUCUGAUAAUUAUUUUUAUAACUCAAAUAUGGGAAUUUAUCUAAAUACAAAUAAUAAAGAUAUUACAAAAUCAGAAACAAUAGACAAAAAUAAUUUCAUAAAAAUCAGACCUGAAAAAUAUGAUGGAUAUGAAAAUGGUUAUAUAAAAAAUUUUACAAAAGAUACAAAAGUAGAUGAAUUAGAUAUUAAAGAUAUGAAUGAUGAUGAUAAUAUCACAAUCAGUGAAUGUAUUAAUUCAGAAAAUGAAAUUAAUUCUAAUAUAAAUCAAUUUGAAGAAAAUAAAUCAAGUUUUUCUAUGCUUUAUCUAUUUGGAAAAGUCAAAUUUUAUAUUAGCAUAAUUGAUAUUAUUCAUAAUAAAACAAACUCUCAUGAUCUUCUUUGGGUUCCUAGAUGUUGUAAUGGAAGUUAUGGAUCAUUUCUAAAAAAUAAUUAUCUAAAUACUAAUGAAAUAAAUAAAUACGUUCCUGAAGAUACUAUCGAUAUUGAUUGUAUAAAUUUAAAAUUAAUGGAAACAAGGUUUAGUAAAAAUGUUGCAAGCUCUCGAACAACAAAAAGAAAAAGAAUGAUAGAUAUAGACAAAACUGUUUUACAUUUUUAUAAAGAACAUAUUAGUGAAUUUUUUAAUAAUAAAAGCAAAAUUAUUAAACUAACUAAAAAAUUAUGUAAAUAUAAAAAAAAAAGAAAAUAUAAUACCCGAGAAAAUAAUGAAAAUACAGAAUAUCAACCUACUCAUUAUUCGAAAAAAAAAAAUACAAAUAUACAAGUUCAAAAAACAAAUUAUAAAAGAAAAAAAAUCACAUCACAACAAACAGAAAAAAAAAAAAAUGACAAAAUCGGAGAAGAAAAUACUGAUAAUUCAACUGAAAUUCCUCAAGAUACAAUCAAUAGUAUCGAUCAUAAUGCUUCUAACGAGUUUGAUAAUAUUAAUGUAGGUUUGGAACAAAAUAAUAAUAAUUAUUAUACAAACUACUAUUGCAAUUAUUACAAUAAUGAAAGAGUCAAUAAUAAUUUAAUAGAAAAUAUGUCAAAACAUGUACAAGGAAAUGAUAUUUUAAACAUUAAUUUAACUAACUAUAAUGAUCUUACUAACAAAAAUACUACAUCAAAAAGAACAAAUGACAAUAUAAUAAAUAAAGACAUUCCUCAAGGAAAUUUAUUUGACCCUCAACACAUCAAAAAUAGUAUAUAUAUCGAUCAUACAAAUAAAAAUGAUAUUUUAGACAAUUUCUGUUCUGAACAAAUUAAUAAAAAUUAUAAUGAUUCUGAUUGUGGUCAAUUUCUUAUGAAUCCAAAAAUAAAUACUCAAGAUAAAUUACCAACCAAUUACUUAACCCCAACAGAGGUUCAUGAAAAUUACUAUAAUUCCCCAACAGAUAUAAAUAAUCAUUCUAAUUAUAGUAACAAUAAUAACUCACCAAAUUUUAAAAAUAAAAAAAAAAAAAAAAAAAAUGAUGUAAAACCUCAAAUAAACUAUUUUAACGAAAACAAUACAAAUCCUUCACUAAACAUAUCCAAAUUACUAGAAGCUAACAAUAAUUUUAUAAACAUAUCAAAUAUUUUGUAA